AUGCCUGGCUUGGUGUCGGCAACAGGCGUGCUCGCCUUCCUGGCCGACGAGGAGCCCGAGCUCCGAGUCUUCGCCCUGCAGACGCUCAACGACGACAUCGACACCGUCUGGACCGAGGUCGCCGGCAGCUUGAGCCAGAUCGAGGCCCUCUACGAGGACGAGUCCUUCUCCGAACGCCAGCUGGCUGCCCUUGUGCUUGCCAAGGUCUACUACCAUUUGCAGGCCUACAAUGACAGCAUGGUCUUCGCCCUGGCUGCGGGGGACCUGUUCAAGAUCGAUGCCCCCGGCGAGUUCGAGGAGACCAUCAUCUCCAAAUGCGUGGACCAGUACAUUGCCGCCACCUCGGCCAAGCAUGCCGUUCCCAAGGCUGCUAAACCCUCCGACCUGCCUGAGCUGUCCACAACCUUUGCCAGCUCAACCGAAGGCGCCGUCAUGUCCCCCACGACUCCCUUCUCUCACACCACCCUGCCACCCAAGUCUCUACUUUCCCGCGCCUCCAUCGACAAUACCAUACUAGAUGCCACUUUCCAGCCUGUGACAAAGCAAGGUCGCUCGGGCUCCAUCACCCAGCUGCCCAACAACGCAGCUGAAGCCUCUCUGCAGAGGAUCAUUGAUCGCCUGUUUGAGAGCUGCUUGAAACAAGGCCGGUACAGGCAAGUGGUCGGUAUCGCCGUCGAGGCCAAGAAUCUCGACAUCCUCAGGAGAGUCAUCAAGCGUGCCAGCGAGGAUGAGAAGCUAUCCAAGGUCAAGGGGCCAGAGGGACAGCCAGGGCCCGCCGAGGAGCUGAUGGAAUACAUACUGGGCAUCUGCAUGGACAUCGUCCAAGAGAGGGCCUUCCGCACUGAGAUUCUGCGGUUGAUUCUCGAUCUUCUAAGCGAAAUUCCGAACCCCGACUACUUUGCCAUUGCGAGAUGUGUCGUCUACCUCAACACCGACGAGGAGGCUUCUCGCAUGCUGCGCAGUCUCGUUGACAAGGGCGAUCGUACCGCUAUUGCCAACGCAUACCAGAUCGCCUUUGAUCUGUAUGACAAUGGCACCCAAGAAUUCCUGGGCAAGGUCCUGUCUUCUCUCCCUUCAGGAGAACCGCCAAAGAAGGAAGAGGCCGAGAGCGGCGACAAGGCCGAAGAGAGCGAGUCGCUGCUAGAGAACCAGCAGGCUGCGCCCGAAGAUGAGCUCCCGGAAGACGUGGCCAAGGUCUACCGCAACAUCCGAUCCAUCCUCGACGGCUCCAAGACUAUUCGUCUCAACCUCGAAUUCCUCUACCGCAAUAACCACACUGAUCUGAGCAUCCUCAACAAGGUCCGAGAUAGCCUUGAGGGCCGCAACUCCAUCUUCCACACUGCCGUCACCUUUUGCAACGCCUUCAUGAACCAGGGCACAACAAACGACAAGUUCUUCCGGGACAACCUCGAGUGGCUCGGAAAGGCAGUCAACUGGUCCAAGUUCACCGCCACCGCUGCCCUCGGUGUCAUCCACCGUGGCAACCUGUCUCAGUCACGAAAGCUUCUUGAGCCAUAUCUGCCCAAGCAAGGUGGUCUUAGCAAUGGUUCCAUCUUUAGCCAGGGAGGAGCUCUGUAUGCCUACGGCCUCAUUCACGCCAACCACGGUGCCGGUGCUCUGGAAUACCUCAAGAUGCAAUUUGGCCAGGCUGAAGAGGAGGUUGUUCAGCACGGUGGCGCUCUGGGCUUGGGUAUUGCCGGUAUGGGUACCGGCGACAGCGAAAUCUUCGAGAAGCUCAAGGAGGUCCUCUUCCAAGACUCUGCCCUCAAUGGUGAGGCAGUUGGAUUGGCCAUGGGUCUCAUCAUGCUUGGCACUGGAAACGUCAAGGCUCUCGAGGACAUGAUCACCUAUGCUCACGAGACAACUCACGAGAAGAUUGUCCGCGGUGUCGCUAUCGGCAUGGCGCUGAUCAUGUACGGUCGCCAGGAAGGCGCUGACGUGUUGAUUGAGGGCCUGCUCAAUGACCCGGAUCCCACUCUGCGAUAUGGUGGUAUCAUGACCGUUGCCUUGGCCUACUGCGGCACAGGCAGCAACAAGGCUAUCCGCAAGCUGCUUCACACUGCCGUCAGCGAUGUCAACGACGACGUUCGCCGAAUUGCCGUCAUGAGCUUGGGUUUCAUCCUCUUCCGUAAGCCCGGCAGCGUUCCCCGCAUGGUCGAGCUGCUGUCCGAGUCCUACAACCCUCACGUCCGAUAUGGUUCCGCCAUGGCGCUGGGUAUCUCUUGUGCCGGUACUGGCCUUGACGAGGCCAUCGAUCUCCUCGAGCCCAUGAUGAAGGAUCCCACCGACUUUGUUCGACAGGGUGCCCUCAUUUCCCUGGCCAUGAUUAUGGUUCAACAGAACGAGGUUAUGAACCCCAAGGUGGCUUCCAUUCGAAAGACGCUCAAGAAGGUGGUUGGUGAUCGCCACGAGGAUGCCAUGACCAAGUUUGGUGCCGCCCUUGCUCUGGGUAUCAUUGAUGCAGGCGGCCGCAACUGCACCAUCGGUCUGCAGACUCAGACCGGCAACCUCAACAUGGCUGGCAUUGUCGGUAUGGCAGUCUUCACCCAAUACUGGUACUGGUUCCCCUUUACCCACUUCCUGUCCCUGAGCUUCUCGCCCACUUCUAUCAUCGGCCUGGACCACGACCUGGAGAUGCCAGACUUCAAGUUCCACUGCGCCACCCGCCAGAGCCUCUUUGAUUAUCCCCCCGAGCAAGAGAUUAAGACCGAGGAGGGCCCGGCUCUUAUUGCGACGGCCAUCCUGUCGACCACAGCUCAGGCCAAGAGAAGAGCUCAGAAAAAGGAGCGGGCUCAGCGUCACGAAAGCAUGGACAUUGAUAGUGCCCCCGUAAAGAGCGGAGACAAGAUGGAAGUGGACGAUGACAAGGUCAAGGAGGAGGGCAAGGACAAGAAGGAGUCUGACGAUAAGGAGGCAGCUUCUACCGACUCCAAGAAGAAGCCCGAGAAGGAAAAGGUCGGAUACGAGUUGGAGAACAUGAGCAGAGUCCUGCCUGGCCAGCUCAAGUACAUCAGCUUCCCAGCCGGCCGAUACAAGCCAGUCAAGAAGCCAACCGGUGGCCCUCUUCUGCUUGACGACACUCAGCCUGAUGAAGCCAAAGCCCUUCUGGAGGAGAAGUUGAAGAAGGUUACUACUGAGCGUGCCCCUGUGGCUGGACAGACCCUUGAUUCCGGUAGAGGUCUCUCUGGCGUCAACCCCGUCAUGGAGCAGCUGCUGCGCAGCCAGGGACGAUCUCCCUUUGGCCUCGUCGACCCUCAGACUCCCGGAGGCGCUGACAUUGGCUCGGGCGCAGCAGCAGCCGCCGGAGUGCUUACAGCGGUGGAUGAGGAUGGCGAGGGAGACGAAGAGGCCACUGUGCCCAACGCGUUUGACUACUUUUCCGAUGGAGAGGAUGAGGAGGAGUAA